AUGACUACGCUGGUUGACCUAGGCACUGUCAUGGAUAGCCGUUCCGAUUGGGGUGUGUGCGUGAGUUGUGGUGCUUCGACGUGGUUGGUAAGUCAGGAUGAGAGUUCAGAACCUGGACAUAAUCCCGUUGAAUACCUGCACCCCGGAAGCACCAGCGCACACAUGCAAUCGACCGAUCACACGCACGAACCGAGCACGCAGUGGAAUACUAGUAGUGUACAAGGGGCUACACCUACGGAAAUACAUACAGGAGACAGGCUUAUGCUUCAUCGCAAACAGAUCACGCUCAGAAGCACACCUGAACAGUCAUCCGCACAGACAACUAAACGAGCCUACGGACAACGCCGUUGUGUCGCUUGUGCUGCCAGCGUUAACCAUACGACUGUCAGUGAGGAUUGCCUGACCAAGAGACCCAGCGCAUGGUAUCGGCGACCCACAAAGCAGUCCGCAAACUUGUGGACGAAGGUUAUGCAACGCCAAACAAUCUGCUCGGGGAGGCCAGGGCAUAUGCGAAGUAGCGUCUACCAUGGCACACGCAGCAUGUACCAGAAUGUGGUGCCCAACACACAGGCACGCGGCAUCACACGCGACCAAGAUUCCUCACUCAGCCGCUUCAGCCGCACGGGCAAGUACUUGGUGUCGUUCGACAAGUCCAAGCGUAGCAUAACUCUGCAUCACUUCACAUGGCCACAAAGUUCGGUAGCUUGCGGUCCUCGCGACACUUCCACAGGGGCUGAGCCAACAUUCAAGUGCUUCUCUAAUUUCUUCCGACGGAGCUCGAUUAUAGGCCUCCCUAGGAAUAAUGCACGAGACGCAAGCAUCUCCCGAGAGAAGCUGUGCCCCGACAUUGGGCUGUUCACGCCCGACGACAAGUACCUUGUUCUUAUGAGCACUAUUGCACUGACUGAGGAGGAAUUAAGUAUGUACAACGAACCAAGACCAGCCCAAUACUUACAGCGGCUGCGGAGCGACGGUCGUGUUCAAUUCUGGCCUAUAAAUAGCAAUGUCAUGCUCAGACCUUUGAGACACUACAAUAUACACGUGGUAUGUACAAAGAUCGCACGUGUAGUGAGUACUACCCAUCUGCCACUGGACAACAUCGUGCUGAGUGACUACGGGUGUGGACCGCAUCUUAGAGAAUACACGCUGACCAUAGUCUCUCUGUGCAAGCAGAGUGUGCGUUUGUACAGUAUCAACGAACGUACUGGUGCACUGCAUGAAGACGGAGACAUAGGCCAAUUCUGUAAUGAAAACGAUUAUAUGGCAAUGGACGCUAUGGAGUACACCCAUGAGAGAGGACAUACAGAUACAUCGUUGUACAGACCCCUACACACACCUGGUGAAAUACGACCACGUGUGAAUUCUCUGAUACGCACGACAAUACUAGCGCACACCAGGCAGCCGGGUACUCAUACGUACCAGGCUAUGGCACCGAAUGCUCCCGCUAACGUAAAUGCAGCAGAGAGGGGCAUAGACGGCCAAAUAGGAACACAAACACACACAUACGCACUCGCCCACAUGCAAGUGAGUAUCCAUGCACGAGAGACUGCCUUCAGCCAGAGACGCACACUGCGGCCCACGCCUGUGCCUGUAGGUGUACCACCACAACCAUAUUCGCGGACUGCUUUGCGAACUGCUUUGUUCAGGCCAAGCACCUCACGUCUGGAUAUGGUCCGUGCGACUGUUCGCAACAGGCCUACGCGACUACCGACGGGACAGGCGCCCACCAUCACGCGCAGAGACGCCUCACAGUCAGUCACAGCCGAACGAAUACUGCUCUCUGCAAGUGGUGUCGGAGAGGCUCAGGAUUUACUCCGAGUCGCGAAUAUAGUCAACAAUCUACCAGGGAACACUCGGGCGCAGGGGGCAUUGUUGCACGGGACAAACAGGAGCCCUGCAGCCUAUAUAGCACGAGCACCAACGCGAGGAGUGGUGAUAGAUGUGCAGAGCGGUCGUCCGGUGUGGCAGCGAAGAGAUUCGCAAGGUGGCGAUGAGCACGACACGCACACACAAACAGCUCAGUCAUCACAGAUAUAUGGUUCUCUCAAGCAACGUAUCCUGUCCUACCUGUACCGCCGAGCGCUUGCCCGCGACUGCGGUGCAACAAAGCCUUCCGACACAGCCUUAGAGUUAUUAAAACAUGGCAAGGAAGACGAUCCAGCCACAGCCAAACAGGGUAGGACAUCGGAAGGAAAGACAAGUACAACCUCACACACACGUGUGGAUAGGCGUACACGGGUGCGUAAUUCAGCAUACACACCAACGAUAACUACGCGGGAGGAUGUGGAGGUAGGCCCGGGUGAUUUUUCUGGUCAACGGACGCAUGCUAACGAGUCGGAACCAAGAGAAGGAUUGACCCACGAACCCGAAGUAGAAGAAACGCGGACUAGCGCAGGCGAAGCAAUCGGAGAGCAGAGCAAGCCAGAGAAAGGAGAAAUGCUGCCAACAAGUGAGAUUGAGGAAGGAACACGUGGCGGUGGUAAGGAUAAUGUGCAGUUGUUCUUGCGCAACAUAGAGAGUUAUGAGAAUCUUGCGAUCCUGAAAGCCCAGCUCAUAGAUGACGACCACCUGCUCAUACGUAUGGGAGACGCAUCUGUGGUCCAGACAUCCCCUGGAACAAAAUAUACUCAGCAUCAUUUGCUGUUGGUUGUGUACAACAUACCUUACGGCCAGGUGCUCAGUGUGCACCAGAACGACUCGAUUGCGCUGGCGAAUGCGCUAACCUGUGCGGGGGAUACGUUGUACGCUGACGACGUACCACACAGUGCAAACAGUCUUGGGGCGAGGAGUGCUCUUCUGAAGGCAUACAACGGCAUACGCAUGGCAAGUAGUGGAGGUAACACGGCUGCUCGGAGACACAUAGUGUCUAAGUACCCAGUAACUGCACAGCAACACUCAAUCAGCCCCUACUAUGACCCGGAUAUGUACAGCUACGAUGACACG